AUGCAGCCAGCAGGAACCAACUUCGCAACUCCCAACUCUUUGAUCAUGCUCCUCUCUCGUAUUGCAGCUCGUUCCACUCUUCGUGGUGUUCGUUUUUCUUCAUCUCAUGCUCCUCCUAAACCCGGGUCUACUGUACCAUUUUAUGUAUCCAAAAAGGCAAUUCCUUCUAUGCUCUUUUUCGGAAGCUUUGGUUUUGUUUUGUCUCUUCCAUUAAUUGUCGUCAAAUACCAAAACCGCAAUGCUUAA